AUGGCAGCAAUUCCGGACCGGGCUCAGGUGAAGGCUGCCAAGCUGGUGUCCGAGUCGGCCAGAGAGCGAGAGACGUUUGAAUACUCUUCGUCUCUGCUCAGCGCCGUCAGGCUCAACGAGACCGGCAAGCCGACGCCUUCGUCUGAGCUCGCCGCCGCCGACGACGUUAUCCUCACCGGCCUCGCCCAGCUGGGAGCUUUGCAGACGGGCACCGACAGGUCCCUCAUCUCGCUGUUCGACGCCCACCGCCAGUGCAUCGUCGCCGAAGCAACACCCACCCAGCGACUGUAUCCGUCGCUCAAGAGUGACGACUGUGACCGCCCCCUCUGGCUAUGUGGCACCGCCAUCCCUCGUAGCCAUGGAAUCUGCGAACUGUGCCUCCUCGGCGACAAGGCUCUCGAUGCGGCCGAUGGCGAGACCCCCCACCAGCUCCCUCUGACCAUUGCCCAGGACAUUGUUGUCGACCCUCGGUUCUCGUCCAAGCCGUACUGCCAGCCGGGCACUCUGGCUCGGUUCUAUGCGGCUGUCCCGAUCCGAACUCGACGUGGAAUCAACAUCGGCGUCUACUGCGUCAUCAACGAGACACCAAACAAGGACUGGACCGAUGUCCACUCGCAGCGGCUACGGGACAUAUCCUGUGCCAUCAUGGACCAUCUCGAGGCACAGAGACUCAAGAUUGUGCACAAACGGGAUCUGCGAAUGAACAGGGGCUUGGGGUCGUUUAUCGAGGGCAAACCCACCAUAUAUGGAGGGCAGAAGACUUCGAAUGAUGUUGUCUUGGAGACGGUGCCUAACAGCCCCAGCCACAGGCAACGAUUUUUCCAACAACAAGAGCAGGACAGACCAGAGGAUGAUCUCGUGACCGACUUGUCACCGAAAACCACAUUAACGGAUCCAAUCAACGCCCCAAGGUCGGGAAACGAGGCCAAUCUAAGCCCAAACGACGCCAUCUCUGGCCAUGAACGCCGUACGUUCUCUGCUGGCAGCUCAGGAGCCACGAGGCCCGAAUUCAAAUCCAUGGCUAGUCUGACAGAGGACGAAAGCUCAAUGGUCAUUCUGUCCAAAGCUGCCAACAUUGUCAGGGAGUCCAUCGAGGUGGAGGGCUGCCUUUUCUUCGAAGCCCCCAUCCAGUCAUAUCUGUCCCCGGCGGCGCAGAACAGCACCACGACUGACGAGGGAAGCCAGUCAUCCGCCACGAGCAGCAGCGAUGAGGACCUAGAAGCAAGGCGUCCAAGUAAGACUGCGUCGCAGUGUAGGCUCCUUGGCUAUUCCACGUCUACGGCGUCGAGCAUCAAUGGGGCUGUUCCAAGCCGGCCCUGCGUUUCUAUGAGAGAGAACUUUCUGUCUAAGCUUCUUCGGCGCUAUCCCAGGGGCCAGAUUUUCAACUUUGGCGCCGACGGGGAGUUGCAAUCGGACUCGUCAGAAGACGAGCAGCCAUGGCAGUUGUCAGAGGGAUACCCGAGCAUCUCUGCGUUACCCAUGAGAGGUUCUGAAAUCAAUCUAACAAUGCCGCGUGACGGGAUUCCACUGAAAAGCUCGGCGAGGCAGCUUGAGGGAAAGGCUCUCCUCAAGGCUUUCCCUGGCUCUCGGAGCAUAGGAUUCGUCCCUAUCUGGGACCCCAGGAAAGAUCGAUGGCAUGCCGGCGGAUUCAUCUGCACCAAGGACGUGGCUCGAAGUUUUUCACUUGAACAGGAAUUAAGUUAUCUGAGAGCUCUGGGGAUGCUUGCCAUGUCUGAAAUCCUGCGGUUCAAGGAUUUGCGGGCUGAUAAAGCAAAGACGGAUGCUCUUGGGUCACUCUCACACGAGCUUCGUUCCCCGCUGCAUGGAAUUCUGCUCAACGCCGAACUGCUCAUUGAUACCAAGCUCGACAUCUUUCAGGGCAAUGUUGCCCACACUAUCGAAACUUGCUCCCGCACACUUCUGGACACGGUAGACCACCUCCUUGAAUAUUCCAGAAUCAAUCAUCUGUCUGGACGAGAUGACAGGGCGCUCAGCUUGACGUCAAAUGGUCUCGAUCUGGGGCAAUUUGGCAAGAAAUCCUUGCUGCGCGACUCGCAAAUUGACCACAUUGUCGAGGAAGUUAUUGAGAGUGUCUUUGCUGGCUUCAACUUUUUACACUUGUCUGUCAAACAACUCUCUGACCAGCACAGCGGGUCGAUCAACCCCGAUGUGAAUGCGAAUCACCACUCGGAUUCGCUGCAAGCAAUAGACCAGCUCGAACCCUGGAUGACCAAGAACGGGGAGCUCAGGUGGAGCUUCGAUGAUGUCUUGAUCAUCCUCUCGAUGGAUGCCAGGUGCAAUUGGGCGUAUUGCGUUGACGUGGGAGCCAUCCGGCGCAUCGUCAUGAACAUAUUCGGCAAUGCGUUGAAGCAUACCAAGCGGGGCACGAUUACAGUUUCUCUUACGCAGGAAAUGGUUCGCCUUAGGGGCCGCAAGAAAGAGCGUGUCGUCAGGUUUACAGUGCAGGAUACCGGCAAAGGCAUCGGCCCUGAUUUCCUCAAGCACGGGCUCUUCCGUCCCUUUUCACAGGAGGAUCCAUUAUCACCUGGUGCCGGGCUAGGUCUCAGUCUCGUGCAGCAGAUAACAUCUCAUCUGCAAGGUGAUGUCUCGAUACGGAGCGAGCUCGGCGUUGGGACGACAGCCUGUGUCACCCUCCCGUUGGAGCAGCUACCGCGUCCUGUGGAAGUGGCCCCUACAAUCUCCGAUGAAGAAGACAAGGCGUUCAAAGAACAAGUUGCUGACCUCAAAGGCCUGCGUGUGCGGGUUAUAAUGGCGAAUUCCGACUGGCAAACGGCUAUAGUCAACAUCUGCCGCGAAUGGCUACAUAUGGAAAUCAUCCCCAACACCCGAGACACGAGCGUCACGCCGGACCUUGUGCUUUGGUCCCAUAUGGACUUGGCGACACUGAGCGAAGAUUUUGAAUCAUUUGACAAAACACCCAAUGUUGUCGUGUGCUCAAAUGCUCUAGUAGCCUAUCGCCAGUCACACGUGUUCAAGAAGGCCGGAUCUCCUGCCAUUUUUGAGUUUAUUUCUCAACCGAGCACCUCUUUCGAUUCCAAUGGUGGCCAAGAGGCCAAAGGGCCCCAAGAGAACACCAAGUACAUUCUCUUCUGCUCAUAUCGCGGGUCAAUAUUCACGAGCGACGGUUCUUUUAUAUCGUCUGGUUCUCAGACCGAAACGCCCCCAAAGUCUCCAGAAGAGUCUCUAGUCCGGCGGGAUAAGCCGGAGGCGCCUCAAAUCAGCUUUUUGCUCGUUGACGACAAUUACAUCAACUUGAAGGUGCUUUCCACUUAUAUGAAGAAGCGCAACAUUGGGUUCCAAGAGGCGAAGAACGGCAAGGAAGCGGUAGAAUACUUCGUUGCCAACCCCAGCGCGUAUGCCUGCAUCCUAAUGGACAUAUCCAUGCCGGUCAUGGAUGGAUUCGAGGCCACGAGGCAAAUUCGAGCACAUGAAGCCCAGAUGGGACUGACGCCCGUCCCCAUUAUUGCGCUUUCGGGAUUAGCGACGGAAGAUGCUCAGCAGGAGGCAUUUGGAAGCGGGAUGGAUGUGUUCCUCACCAAACCGGUAAAGCUCGGGGCUUUGGGCAACCUGCUCGAAUCCCAUGGAAUUCUUAACAGCGGCUGA